AGCAACAAGAGAGCAAUUUUUUCAUAGUUUUGUAGAUGCACCGUAAAAAAAAAAAGGAGAUAGAGAUUUUUUUUUAUUUUUAUUUUUUAAUACCCAACCCGGCCUUGAAAUCUACCCUCCAGAGGUGCCACGGGCACCACCCCCAUGGGAGGCAGCCAGCCUGGGAUGCGACCGUGACAGGGAAUGAGCAGUGAGAACCAUGGGCUCACGGAUAAAGGAAAAUCCCCAGAAGACAUUUGAUUUGUUCUUCGAGGCAGCCUGCCCCACCUCUGCAGAUGACGACCCCCAGGUGCUGAGGCAGUUCCCGGAGGAGUUCGAUGACCAGGAAUCCAUCCAGAUGCUGCCCAAAUUCUGCUUCCCCUUCGACAUAGAGAGGGUAAAGGAGAGCUCCGUGGUGCAGAACUUCACCUUCGCCCUGACCGACCUGGAGGGGAACCAGCGCUUCGGGUUCUGCCGCCUGGCCGGGGGCUUCCGGAGCUGCCUCUGCAUCCUCAGUUACCUGCCGUGGUUUGAAGUUUUCUACAAGAUCCUCAACAACAUUGCCGACCACUUAGCCAAGGAGCAGCUGAACGAACUGACCGAGCUCCUCUCUGCCCUCUAUUGCCACCCGGUGCCCCAGCUGAACAGCCCCGUCAACCUAGAAUUUGACCAGAAGUUGAACAAACUGAGAAUAAGCACCGGCAGCUUUCUGAAUGGCCGACACAGAGACCAGAGCCGGGAGCCGGCGGGCGGGACCGAGUCGCCCUCCUACUUCAUUGCCCCGGACCUCGGCAGCCUGCCUACCAUCCCGGAGAGCCGGAACCUGACGGAGUUUGUGGUGGCCGUGGAUGUGCCCAACAUGCUGCAGCUGUACGGGAGCAUGCUGUACGAGCGGCGCAUCCUGCUCACCUCCAGCAAGCUCAGCACGGUGAGGGGCACUGGGGGGGUGCACUCAGCUGUGCACGGGCACACGCCCACUGGGGAGUUCGCAGGGAUGUGCCCUGGCACAUGCAUGAAGGAGGGGGUGUGA